AGCGCCCUCACGGAGCUGAGCUCCGAGGCCCCCUCUCCCGCGAGCUCUAUUGUCCGGGUGAAAUUAGCACCUUUUCAAAGUCAGCUCUGUGGCUCGUCUGUAGCUCCUGGAGGAGGGAGACCUGGAGAAGCCACCGCGCAAAACAAACAGUUAAAGAUUUCGGGGGGAGGAGCCAGGCCACAAUCCGUAAUUAAAGAUGAACUUUGGGUGAACUAAUUUAUCUGACCAAGGUAGAGUGGGCAGCAACCUGGGGAGGGCUAUAAAAAGGGGCCCACGGCGGGGCUCGGCCUGUGCGCAGCUUUGCUCUGCGGAGACAGGUAGGGGCUUCAGGCGCCGCUCGCGAGCCAUGGGCUUCUCCACCUUGCUGGCCAGCACGCUGUGCACCUUCCUGCUGCCCCUGCUGCUCUUCCUGGCUGCGGUGAAGCUGUGGGCUCUGUACUGCGUGAGCGGCCGGGAGCCCGGCUGCAGCCUGCCGCUGCCCCCGGGCACCAUGGGGCUCCCCUUCUUCGGGGAGACGCUGCAACUGGUGCUGCAGCGGCGGAAGUUUCUCCAGAUGAAGCGUCGGAAAUACGGCUUUAUCUACAAGACCCACCUCUUCGGGCGCCCCACCGUGCGGGUGAUGGGGGCCGAGAACGUGCGGCACAUCCUGCUCGGGGAGCAUCGGCUGGUGUCGGUGCAGUGGCCGGCCUCGGUGCGCACCAUCCUGGGGUCGGGCUGCCUCUCCAACCUGCACGACGGGCAGCACAAGCUCCGCAAAAAGGUGAUCAUGAAGGCUUUCUCCCGGGAGGCCCUGCAGCACUACGUCCCCGGCAUCCAGGAGGAGGUGAGCGCCUGCCUGGCGCGCUGGCUGCGCAGCGGCGGCUCCUGCCUUCUGGUUUACCCCGAAGUGAAGCGCCUCAUGUUCCGCAUCGCCAUGAGGAUCCUGCUGGGCUUCGAGCCGCGUCACGCCGACCAGGACAGCGAGCAGCAGCUGGUGGAGGCCUUCGAGGAGAUGAUCCGCAACCUCUUCUCCCUGCCCAUCGAUGUGCCCUUCAGCGGGCUCUACCGGGGCCUGCGGGCGCGGAACUUCAUCCACGCCAAGAUCGAGGAGAACAUCCGGGCGAAGAUGGCCCGUAAGCAGCCCGCGGGCGGCUGUAAGGACGCGCUGCAGCUGCUGAUGGAGCACACGCAGGAGAACGGGGAGCCGCUGAACUUGCAGGAGCUAAAAGAAUCGGCAACAGAACUUCUGUUUGGAGGGCAUGAAACCACGGCCAGUGCUGCCACAUCUCUAAUCACCUUCUUAGGGCUUCACCGGGCUGUUCUGCAAAAAGUGAGAAAGGAGCUACAAAUGAAGGGUUUAUUGUGCAGCAUGAACCAAGACAAACAACUGGAUAUAGAAGUCUUGGAACAGCUGAAGUACACAGGCUGUGUCAUCAAAGAGACCCUCAGGCUGAGUCCACCAGUUCCUGGAGGAUUUCGAGUUGCACUCAAGACUUUUGAGUUAAACGGUUACCAGAUUCCUAAAGGCUGGAACAUUAUCUACAGUAUCUGUGAUACACAUGAUGUUGCAGACCUCUUCACCAACAAGGAUGAAUUUGACCCUGAUCGCUUCAUGUCUCCCUCUCCAGAAGAUUCCUCCAGGUUCAGUUUCAUCCCUUUUGGAGGAGGCUUGAGAAGCUGUGUGGGCAAAGAGUUCGCAAAAAUCCUUCUCAAAAUAUUUACUGUGGAGUUGGCUCGGAAUUGUGACUGGCAGCUCUUAAAUGGACCCCCUACAAUGAAAACUGGCCCCAUAGUCUAUCCAGUGGACAACCUGCCUACCAAAUUCAUAGGUUUCAAUGGCCAAAUCUGAGGUCAAAGUUUACUACUGGAUGAAAUUCUAUAGCAUUUAAAGUACACAUAGCUUUUUAUAGAAACCUAAACCCAAUAUUAAAUAUUUAACUUGUACAUGUAUAAUAGUUAUUUAUGUCUUUUUAAAAAAUAUUUUAAAAAUCUACUAAAUAUUCUAAGUUUGGUUGAUAUGUUCAAGCACUACAAUUAUGGGUCAGUGUGGUCCAUAAUUAGGUAACUUAUUUCUAUGGAAACAAAAUGUUUCCCUCUUAUUUAAGAAUCUUGUUGAAAGCUUGUCAAUUUUUUUAGCAUUUUGAAGGAAUUUGACAGUGUAUGCAUUCAGAGACACUUCAACUUUUAACAAGCAUAUGAAACCAUGGGACCUAACUGCACGGAGAAUGUUUUCAGAUACUAGGUUUUGUGUUCAAAGUUUAUGGAUUAUUAUGAUUUAAAAUAAAGUUUAUUUUUUUGAAGAUGCUUUGCUCCAAAUA